AUGCCCUCCACAUUUUUCUCGCUGCUGGUUUUUCCACUGGCAACGUUUUCUUCUGCUGAGUGGGUUUAAUUUUAUGGCCAGAUACAUGAGGCCUCCAAACACGUCUUUGUUUGUCAGAAACAUCGCCGAUGAGUCCAGAAAAUGUAAAAGCAUCCAGUUGUGGAACCGGCCACAAAGAGUAACAAAGACCUGUAUAGAGUAGCUGUAAAGACAAGUCACACAGAGACCUUCAGGAUCAGAGGGAGGGAAAAGGUUGAAAAGAGAAAGUAAAGCAUGAAGAGGAAAAGGGAACGGAGACAAAGCUUGGAUAUGGCAGCAAAGAAUGGGGAAAAGAAAAGAGGUUUAAAAGGCAAGCAGGAAACCCGAGUCUCUCUGGGAGUCGAUUAAAGAGUGUAAAGAUCAAGAUGAAGUUCAAAGUCAAGCAUGGGCAAAGCAUAUUUGAGGACGUGCGUGAUGCAGAAGAUGCCCUUCACAGCCUGGACAGGAAGUGGGUUUGUGGCCGGCAGAUUGAAAUCCAGUUUGCCCAGGGUGACAGAAAGACACCAAAUCAGAUGAAAUCGAAGGAAAGACGUUCUCCAGGCAGAUCCUCUCGAUACGACGACUACGAUCGAGACGGCAGGCGCAGACGUUCGCGCAGCCGAAGCUACGACAGAUACAGAUCGCGCAGCCCUUCUUACGAUCGACGUCGCAGACGGUCUGAGAGUCCUCGAGACUCUCGUGGGCGGAUGUAUGGAAGAGGAAGGAGCAGGAGCCGUGAGGAUGACAGAUACAGGCAGAGGCCUCGCAGAGAGUCCAGAGGCAGAUCUCGAUCGCACUCCAGAUCUGCGUCUCCACGAGAAAACGUCAAUCCAGCUUCGACUUCUCAUUACACCGAGGAAGAAGUGCGACGGACACACUCACCAUCCCACUCCAGAUCCCGGUCUGUAUCAAGAUCACGCUCUCCUUCACGUUCUCGGUCCCGAUCCUGGGCUGGACGCAAGUCUGGCGGACGCUAGAGAGUAUCAGCUGCUUCUCUAACCCUAAUUCAGUCAAAUCGACCAGAGUUGGUCAUUUGUCAAUAAAAGAUUUGUUUGUUUUGACAUGAAUGUAUCGUCCACCGAACCAUUUGUAGAAAGCUUGUUUUUGCGGCUCCAUUUUAAGAAUGAUGCCGGUCCUUUGCUUGUUUUUAUAAAGUUGUUUUGGUAAUAUUUCCUGAUAGGAACAUGACAUAGUUGGCGGUUUCUAUGUUCAGUGGUAGUCGACCAGGUGUAAUCUGUUGUCUUUUUUAUAUACGAUUACUGACAGUUUUGUUUUCUAAACCCUAUGCACCCAUUUUUCAACAUUCAGUAUUUUAAAAGAAAUCCAGUCUGUUGACGAGUCAGACCAGCAUUUCUGUGUUUUAUCGCGUUAUUUAAAAAAAAGACAUGCUUUUUACGUCACUGCCGAGAAUUUUCCCCAACAGAAGUAUAGAAUUUUCAUGUUUUUCAACUCUUUCACAGCAGCCACAGGCGUCCAUUUACUUCUCAGUAAGAAUCACCUUAAAACUUGCUAGAAAAAGAGAUCAUGUUGAACAUUCUUGAGAUAAUCAUCAACUUUUACAGUCAGUUACAGGAUCUCUGCUCGGUAAUUCAGCUGUAAGUGCAGACUGAAAUACAAAGCAUGCUGGGUUAUCCUGCAGCAGUAACGGGACUGACGUGACAUAACGUUCUCUGUGGUGAAUUAAGCUUCAUGACACUUCAAGUUGAUGGUUUUUAUAUUAUAAAAUGAAAACCCCCGGCUGCCUGGAAGGAAGAAAACAUUUAAAAAAAGUAAAGUCGUAAUAUCGUGUGUUGGCAGUUAAGUAAAUGAGUAUAGAGGCUUAAAUACACAGAAAUGCUGCUGUGGUCCUUUUAAAAGUGUUAAAAGUUUGUCGACCAGUAACUUUAACCACAGGCUGUCUGAAAUGUGCAUUCGUUUGUUUUAAUUUUGUGGUGUUUUCUUUUAGAGCAGACCUUUUUUCAAAAGGUAUUUCGUAUUUGAACAUUUCUCCAAAACUAGGUUCUGAACAGAGGAACAAGUUUCUUGUGGGUGUUUACACGACUGUGUUGAUAGUUUUUCUGAAUGAAUCUUGUCACUGCAUGUUUUAUCCUCCUAAUCUUCUAUUAUUAGUAGGAAGAAACUGUUAUUUUGAGUAAUAAAUGGAUAACGUUCAGUAUAAGGA